AUGGCAGCGGGAGUAGCGGCCUGGCUGCCCUUCGCCCGGGCGGCAGCCAUCGGGUGGAUGCCCGUGGCCAACCUGCCCAUGCCCGUCGCACCCACCGAGAAGAACAAGAGGCAGGACGAGCUGAUCAUCCUCAACGUCAGCGGGCGGCGCUUCCAGACCUGGAGGAACACGCUAGACCGCUACCCGGACACCCUGCUGGGGAGCUCUGAGAAGGAGUUCUUCUACAACGAGGAGACCAAAGAGUACUUCUUCGACCGUGACCCGGACGUUUUCCGCAGCGUGCUCAACUUCUACCGCACGGGCAAGCUCCACUACCCGCGCUACGAAUGCAUUUCCUCCUACGACGAAGAGCUGGCCUUCUUUGGCAUCAUCCCAGAGAUCAUCGGCGACUGCUGCUACGAAGAGUACAAGGACAGGAAGAGGGAGAACGCGGAGCGCCUCAUGGAUGACCAGGAGGACAACAAGGACAGCAAGCUGCCAAACAUGACCUUCCGUGAGACCAUGUGGCGGGCCUUCGAGAACCCCCACACCUCCACCAUGGCCCUGGUCUUCUACUAUGUCACCGGCUUCUUUAUCGCCAUCUCUGUCAUCACCAACGUGGUGGAGACGGUCCCCUGUGGCUCCGCGCCCAACCAGAAGGAGGUGCCGUGCGGUGAGCGGUACACAGUUGCCUUCUUCUGCAUGGACACGGCCUGCGUCAUGAUCUUCACCGUGGAGUAUUUGAUGCGCCUGUUCGCUGCGCCGAGCCGCUAUCGCUUCAUGCGGUCUGUCAUGAGCAUCAUCGACGUGGUGGCCAUCUUGCCCUACUACAUCGGCCUGGUGAUGACCGACAACGAGGACGUGAGCGGUGCCUUCGUGACGCUGCGCGUGUUCCGGGUAUUCCGCAUCUUUAAGUUCUCCCGUCACUCGCAGGGCCUGCGCAUCCUUGGCUACACGCUGAAGAGCUGCGCCUCGGAGUUGGGCUUCCUUCUCUUCUCCCUCACCAUGGCCAUCAUCAUCUUCGCCACUGUCAUGUUCUACGCGGAGAAGGGCUCGUCCUCCAGCAAGUUCACCAGCAUCCCGGCCUCCUUCUGGUACACCAUCGUUACUAUGACGACGCUCGGGUAUUGUCAUGUCGUGCCUCACACUAUGAUAGGCCUCUAUACAGGCAAUAUCACAACGCUGUCAGUAGUAGUAGUAGUAGCAGUAGUAGUAGCAGUAGUAAUUUCCUCGUGGAAUCGCGUUCUUCACAGACGCACACGAGCAGACACGCUGAGGCCGCAAGACAAAGCCCGCCUGGCCAGGAUACGAAUAUCCAAGACGGGCAGCUCCACCGCUUUCCUCUACAGCAAGCGCAACGGCCUCUUCAACGAAACCCUGGAGCUCACGGGGUCGCCGGAUGAGCAGCGACUAAGCAAGUCCACCUCUCUAUUAGAGAGCCAGCACCACCACCUGCUGCACUGUCUGGAGAAAACCACCAACCACGAGUUUGUGGAUGAGCAGUGCUACCAGCAGAGCUACCUAGAAGGGGUGCCACAGAACUACCAGUCCCGAAGCCCCUCCCUCGCCAGCCAAGACGGCGUGACGGGCACGUGCUGCACCCGCCGGAGCAAGAAGCAGCACACACCUUUACCCAACGCCAGCGGCCCGGCCGGUGCACACAUGCACCCUCUGGCGCACACGCACUUGCACCCACACAGCUUGCAGGAGCUCAGCACCAUCCACAUCCAGCCUCUCGGCACCAGUCGCUCCAGUCUGAACAUGCGCGUGGACGAUCCGGCGCCGCUCAACUGCCAGGGAGGCCAGAUCACCACGGCGAUCAUCAGCAUCCCCACGCCACCAGCAACGAGUCCUGAGGGGGACGCCACCCUGCCGCCCCCGGGCCCCGCCCACCCCAACGUUGUGAAGGUGUCCGCACUGUGA